AAAGAUGAGUUCAUGGAGUACCUUGUCGGAUGGGCUCCGGAACCGGCGAAGCCACGGAGGGAAAGUGCUUCGCACGUCGAGGAAUUCUUCAGAAGUACCGACCAGCUGCGCAGUGCUCGCUACGCUAUGAACUGUUUCAACCAGUCGCUGAUCUGGGGCAGCCGUGCGUUGUCUUCGAGUGCUGCCUCCGAAACGGGACCGAACGACGCGGUUCAUCUGAUGAACGACAUGUGCUGCGCCAGAAGCAUAUCCAUGAGCUGUGACGUGGGCUUCGGUUUGAAGAAGGAGGGUUUUCUGAAGCCGCACGUUCAGAGCAAGGGCAAUCUGAACAAGGUCUGCUCGCGGCUGCUGGAGCAUUCUAUGGUAGACCUGUCCCGGGUGAAAAUCGAGGCGGUCGACGACGACUGCUCACCGCAAUACUCGUCCGGCCGAAUGUACAAGUCCGAAGGUGGCGCCAGACGAAGGAUGAACGCUGAAUCGGGGACACCGUACGAGUCGUCCGUCUCACUGAACACCUACCAAUGCUGUAACCGGGCGGCGAUGUUCUUCAGCCCGAUCCGGGACCAGUGCUCUUGCAGUAGUUGUAGUAGUCCGGCGUCGAGCAGUCCGUCGCCGAAUGCAUUUUCCUCGUUUCAAUUCUGCCCUCCUCAAACCAUUCAGUUUCUACCUCCAGGCAUCGACCGCAAGGUGUUUUUCCCGCCGUCGAUAUGGCCUGACAGAGCCACCGGCUUCCAGAAGUACAAAAGGCGAAACAAUCCGGAACUGGAAAAACGCCGCGUACACUUCUGCGAUUAUCCAGGCUGUAAAAAGGUUUACACGAAAAGUUCGCACCUGAAGGCCCACCAGCGAAUUCACACCGGUAAGUUCAAUUAUGAAUAG